GUUGGAGUCAGUUUGUUGUAGUAAUAAAUUUAUGGUGAGAAACACACCCUUUCACCACACCCCUUUCUUUAAAAUAAAACAUCUACCACUGAACUACUCCCCCCUGGUAAGUUGCAACAUUAAUUGCCUCAUUAACAAAAACUACUACGCAGAUCAGAAAACCUCUGCCCCUACCUUCUCCCCUCUCUUCGGUACUGUUUCAUAUAAACAACAAUUAAUUAUAAGAUUUGAAGAAGAUGAAGUUUGUCCCAGCAUUCUUCUCCAAAUCUUCCGAAGCAACACGUCCUCCGUGGAGUCCGAAAACCACCUCCUCCGGCGAACCCAAUGCCGCCGCCGUUGGUGAUCAGUACUUGUCUUCUUCGGAAGACGAGUGCGUGGAGAAUGUCAUCAAAGGGGUGAAGUCAUCUGAACGGCUGUUCUUCCAGCCGGGACAAGCCAUCAGCUUUAAACCGAGGAAAGAGGACGACGAGGUGGAGGCGGCGGUGAAGGAAGAAGAAGAAUGCCCUAUCAAGGAGAGUGUGGCAUUGUCAAUGGAGUCAAUGGACCCUCUUUUGGACUUCAAGAGAUCAAUGGAGGAGAUGGUGGCAGCCCAUCAUCAUGACUUGGGCUGGGAGUUUCUGGAAGAACUGUUGACUUGCUACCUCAAAAUGAAUGAGAAAAGAAACCAUGGAUUCAUUGUGGGAGCCUUUGUGGAUUUGUUGGUUUCCCUUUCUAUGGCUUCUUCUUCUUCUUCAGGGGAUGGAAAUGGUUUCUCGCAAUCCUGCACUGCAACCCAUUCUUUUACCUCUCCUUUAUCUUUUUGUUCUUCCAGUUGCUCCGUCACCAGUCCUACUCUGUCCUCCUCUGCCGCCGCACAGGAAGCUCAAGAUGAGGUUCAAAGUUCCGCAGGCACCGUUUGAUCAAUCGGGAUAGAUUAUUGUUCUGUGAUUUGAAUUCAUCAUGUCAUCAAGAUCGAGCUAGCUAACUCAUUAAAUAUACGUAGUAUGGAACGCAAUUAAUUAAAGGCUGAGGAUAAUUGUUCUAGCUGUUAUACAUAUAUUAGCAAGGGAUCACUUCGCUUUUUCUUUUGUGGUUCGUUUGAAACUAGCUAGAAAUGAUGUUUUAGAAUGGGAGUAUUAACGUAAAAAACAAAACGAUUCUUAUGUAGCUAUCCAUUUCUUUAUACUAUCAAUGAUCAUUAUGUUAUCUA